AUGUCAUUUUUCUUGCGAAAUCGUAAAAUUUUGCUUCUCGGAGCAGCUGGAUUUACAGCAGGAGGCUCUUUUUUCCUCUAUAAAAACCGCCAAAAUUGUUUUUUCAACCAGGAAUGGCACAAAAUAGGCACCGUGAGUCAUCUUUACGUCUAUCCCGUGAAAUCUUGUUCAUUUAUUGAAGUUCCUGAAGUCACCGCAACUCGUAUGGGAGCAAAAACCAAAGAAAUUAGUGAUCGGGUGUUCAUGAUUGUGAACGAGCAACAAGAAUUAUGCACAGCUCGUUCGUUCCCGAAGCUGGUUCUCGUAAAACCUUCCGUCGAUGACGGGUUUUUGCGUUUAUCUGCACCUGGAAUGACCGAUUUCAGCAUCAAUUUGAAGGAAAUUUCAUCAAUUUCGUCUAAAAAUGACACAAAAGUUGCCACAAUUUGGGAAUCAAAGGUCCAAGUCAUCGAUAUGGGCGACGAAGCUGCCGCUUGGAUCACGAAAGUUUGUGGCGUGCCGGAAAAAUUACGACUUGUGUACUAUCCAGAGACGACAUGCAUGCGAGAAUUGCGGGAAAAACACAAAAUUUACAAAGAAAUGGACAAAAAUCACAUCGGAGCGUUGCAAGAUGCCACAAGUUUCAUGUUGCUCAAUGACGGUUCCUUGCGAGAUUUGAACGAAAAAUUGUCGAAAAAAGUCACGGCGACUCAAUUUCGCCCGAAUAUCGUGAUAGCAGGUGCUGCCCCCUAUGACGAAGAUAAUUGGAAUUUUAUAAAAAUCGGUGAAAAAGUCGUCAUGAAAAGCUUGAAACCUUGUACGAGAGGCACUUUUUCCGCCGUUGACCAAAAAUCGGGCGAACACUCGAAAGAUGGCGAACCGCUAAAAACGCUCAAUUCGUAUCGUCGCACGAAAAACGGAGGACUGCCAGUAAUGGGAGUGAAUGCCGGCGUUUGGCAGACGGGAGAGAUAAAGCAAGGGGAUGACGUCUUCGUUUCAUACAAAAAGUCCGAAAAUCACGAGAAAAAGCAAAAAUUUGGUUCAUACAUAUUUUUGAACAAUAAAUCGGAGGAUUGUGGGUAA